AUGUACAGUGCAAUCAUUAAUGGCCUGUGCAAAGAUAAAUUUUUGGCUGAAGCAUGUGAUUAUUUUUCUGAAAUGGUUGUCAAAGGAAUUAAUCCCCACUAUGUCAUCUACAAUCACGGCUUUUGUCUUUUUGGUCAAGUGAAGGAAGCAGUGCGUUUGUUCAAUGAAAUGGUAUUGAAAAGCGUCAACCAAAAUGUUUAUACCUUUACCAUGUUGAUUGAUGUCUUGUGUAAGGAUGGAAAAGUGAGAGAAGCUACAAAUGUGUUGGCUGUGAUGAUAACAGGAGGUGUGAAACCGGAUGUUGUUACUUAUAAUACUUUAAUGGCUGGGUAUUGCCUAGUUAAUGAAGUAAAGAAUGGAAAACAUGUAUUCAACUCGUUGAUCCGAAGUGGCGUAACACCUGAUGUACAAAGCUAUAACAUAUUGAUUAAUGGAUUUUGCAAGACUGGAAAGGUGCACGAAGCCAUGGAUCUCCUUGAAGAAAUGCAUCGCAAACAUGUGGUUCCAACUACAGUAACUUACAAUUCUCUUCUUGAUGGUGUGUGCAAGAAUGAAGAUGUGUUUACUCCAAGUGUGCAUAUAGCUGUGAAUCUCAUUGAAGAAAUGCAUUGCAAACAUCUAGUUCCAGAUAUAGUAACUUACACUUCUCUUCUUGAUGUUUUGAGCAAAUCAGAUAGAAUAAUUUUUUAUCUUUGGGAGCUGAUUGAUGACGAGCUGAGGUCCGAUUUAAUGCUUGAAUCUAGUUUCAAAGAGGAAUAUAACUAUGAUUUAGGCAUUUAUCCCCAUGAAUAUUUGAUUGAUGUUAUUGACCGCCUAUGCAAAGAUGGAACAAUUAAGGAUGUGCUUUUUAAGGAUCCUUUGGCUAGAGGUUAUCCUUGUCUUCUUUCGUAUAAGACUUGCUUGGCCAUGGGGCGUUGGCCUUGA